GGAAUGGGGCACUUCCUGUUUGCAGUGAGCUGCUGUUGUCAGUUUCAACAAAAUGGCUGCUAGAGGACCGCAAACGCAAGCCCAGUAAACGCCUUUCUGUCACUACAGAGCAAUUUAAAUGGACAUCUCGGAGUUUCUGUCCACUCAGAGCACGUACUCGUGUGGACUCGUUUGCACGCGUGUUAGCGAGAUAAAUGCACGCUGAGAACGUUUGUGCACUUUUAUCGCCUUGUCGAGAUGAACACGUCAUUGAAAAGGCGCAGCGCGCGCGGUGGAGCUGCUGCACGCGCCGAACACAAACACUGAGCUGCUCGUCUGCGUGCUCAAAGCGCUCGUUUCCUCUGUUUGCACUGGUUGUUUUUGUUUGUUUUGUUUUGUUUUGUUUUGUGCAAAAAAAAAAAAAAACGGACUGAAUCCCUGACGUGGAAAAGCCAAGCUAGCUGUUUGACUGCAGUGUCGAGUCGCCGGGGUGUCAGUGCGAGUGUAUAAACACGUCCCCGGGACACGAAACACUUUCUGCACUAAACCGCCAUUGCCGGACGUGUGAUGUAAGUCGGGAGACGAGGCAAGAACCACGAGAACAGACCCAUUUGAUGGAAGAAAAGAAAAAGAAAAAGCAAGAGGAAAAGAAGAAAAAGGAAGUCGCUCAGAAAAAGGCUGCUGAAAAGGAAACCAAAGUGCCAGACUCUGCCAAGCCAAGCCCUGCCCCUCUUCCCCCUGCCAACCCCAGCACUACCAACCCCUCUGUGCCCUCGGCCAGCAGCAGUGGUGCCAAUGGCAAGCGUGCGCCCUCCAGCACUCAGCAGCAACCGCAGUCGGCAGUACAGCGAUACCCACCUCGAGAGGUCCCACCACGUUUCCGCCAACACGAGCACAAGCAGCUACUGAAGAGAGGACAACCUCUGCCUCCUGGGAACCUCGCUGUUGUGCUGCCAUCCUCAAGCAGUUCUACUGUGCAGUCCUUCCCCAGCCAGUCACACCCAGACCUGCCCUUGCAGAGUGCCCAUUCAGCACAGUAUGAAAGUCCCCACUGGGGACAUACACCAAUCAACAGCAGUGCUACUAUAGUCACAACCAAUAACAGUGGCUGGGAUCAACUGAUUAUAGACAAAAGUGAUUCUGAGGAGUGGCCUUCUAUUUCUCACAGCGAAAGCCACAUCCCUGCAGGAUGCCCAUCAGAUACUGAGAUUAUCAACAGCAGCACAGACAGCAUGAGUAUGGCCACAGGAGGCAGCCAGCAAGGACACUUUCCCACUAAUCAUCCCAGUAAAGCCAGUAACAGCCACUCAGGAGGUAUCCUCUCCAGCCAGAGUGGGGCCAGUAGAGGCUGGGGCUCUGGUCCAUCUCCUGCCAUUGCUGGAGAGGGAAAGGGUGAUAGCAACAGUGCAUCAAUGGGAGCCAGGACCUGGGGCUCCUCCAACUUUAACUUGAAUUUGAAUCCCAAUGCUAACCCCUCUGCCUGGCCAGUCCUGGGACAUGAGGGGAUGGGCGUGGGUGGCAGCUCUGGAGUAUCCAACCAAGCUCCGUCUAAUAUCUGCAGCCCACCGUGUGCUCCCUCCUCUGGACCGAGCAGUAGUGGAAAUUUAAUUGGCGACAAUGGAAAUUCUGCUGGAAACUCUGGUAACGGUAAUGGCAGCACCGCUUGGGGUGGUAUGGUGUCUAAUGACACCGCUGAGCCACACUCCUCUUCCACGAAUGUGUCUUUUAGCUCUGAACCUCAGAACCUUAACACUGAAGGACCAAAUCACACUAAGCAGGAGCCCAUGAGCCCUGCCAAUAGUAUGCCUAACUGGAAUGUCAACCCUGUUGGCAUGGGCUCUUUUGUCCAGUCUUCAACAGGAAGCUCACAGGUCAAUGGGGAGGAGGGGUCUGUGUGGGGUAAUGGAGAUGCCAAAUCUGCCAGUAGCUCUAAGGACUCUGGAUGGGAUUCAGGAAGUGGUUGGGGUCAAGGAGUAGCUUCAGCCACCCCUGGCUGGGGACAAGCCACAUCCAAUGGGGACUGGGGCAAGCAUUCCACUGAACCUAAAGGGUGGGAGUCUGCAGGAUCUCCCACUCAAGAGCAGCCACUAAGUUCUUGGGGCAGUGGGGCUAAUGCUCCAGCUAGCGAGGGAAGCAGUGACAGCAUGGAUGGUCAUUCUCACAGGAGGGAACGCUCAAGAGAUAUGGCCCCACCUCUCCUGCCUGCCCAGGACAUGGACCCAAGAGUUCUGUGCAACACAGGAUGGGGACAGACCCCAGUGCGUCAGCACACAGCAUGGGAGACGGAAGAAGCCGCACACUCAAAUAACAAGAAUGAUGCUGGUACAGAAGCAUGGGGCUCAUCUUCAAAUGCACCUCAUAUGGCACAACCAUCAUCUCAUGGUAGUGUCAAUCCAAGUUCUCGACCUGAUUCUGGGGGCAAGAGUGAUGCACAUCGCCCUGCAGCAGCAACUCCAUCAGGCUGGGGACCGUCCCCCACUCAAACCUGCUCUGGAUGGGGUGACAAUGCCAAGAAACCCCCUAUUGGUUCUGGGGGCUGGGGCAACCCACCACAAGGAGGCCACAGUGGCAACUUGCAAAAAAGUGGGCAGUCUUGGGGCUCUGAAGACAAAUCUUCUAAUUGGGAUGACUCCCAUUCCAAGGCUAAAUCUCAGGGUUGGGGAGAGAACCCCAAGCCAUCCCAUAAUUGGAGCAGUGAGCGAGGAGGGGACAGUGGAGCUGGAGAUGAGUGGGGUGACUCUGGAGAAGGGAAGAAGAAUGGGCCGUCCAGCUCUUCCUGGGAGGGAGAUGGAACAGGGUGGAAAGAAAGCCCUCGUAGUUGGGGAAAGCCAUCCCCAGGUGGUGGAUGGGGAGAUGAACAACGCUCCAAUGCCUCAACACAGGGGUGGCGCAACAAGUCUCAGGAGGGUGGCAAUGGCAGCAGUACUAGUGCGAGCAUGGGUUCAUGGGGAGGAUCAGGCUCUGUCAAGAGUGGUUCAGGUUGGGGGGGAAGCAAUGGGGGAGGAGUAAAACAUAAUCAUGCUUCAGAGCCAACAGGAUGGGAAGAGCCAUCCCCACCGUCCAUCCGACGCAAGAUGGAAAUUGAUGAUGGUACCUCAGCUUGGGGUGAUCCAAGCAGUUAUAAUAAGACAGUUAACCUCUGGGACAGGAACAAUCCUGGAAUGCAGAGUAAAACAGGCUCUGGAAAUGCCAACAAUCCCCCCAGCAACCAUCACCACCAUACCCACCAUAAUCAGCCUCCGUUGCAGGGCCAUGGACAUGGAGGGCCAGCUGCAACCAACAGCCAUAUCACUCCUGACAAUACAAGCCCGCACCAAGUUGUGGCUCCUCAUAACAGAGCACCCCUGAUGACAACAGGAUGGGGGGAAAUGCCUAAUGUCCACUCCAAACCUGAGCCUUCAUGGGGAGAGCCUGUACCUUCUCCAGCAAGCGUGGACAAUGGCACAUCAGCCUGGGGCAAACCCCCUGGGGGCUGGUCUGACAGUAGCCCUGAAGGCUAUGGCCGAGGUGGAGGCCCACCAGGAUCUGCCCCCUGCAAACCAGCCUCUAAAACUAUGCAAGAAGGCUGGGGAGGUGGAGAGGACAUGAACCUGUCGACAGGGCAGUGGGAGCAGGAUGAGGGUGACAUGUGGAACAGUACAGCCUCUCAGGAGAGCAGCUCAUCCUGCAGUUCUUGGGGCAACCAGCCCAAGAAAGGUUCUCAGAAGACGAAGGUUCCUAAUAAACAAGAUGAUGCUUGGAUUAUGACCCGUCUGAUUAAGCAGCUGACCGAUAUGGGUUUCCCUAGAGACCCUGCAGAGGAGGCUUUGAAGAGCAACAAUAUGAACUUGGACCAGGCUAUGACUGCCCUGUUAGAAAAGAAGACUGAAUUAGAUAAGCGAGGGUUGGGAAUAUCUGACUACAGUAAUGGCCUCAUCAACAAGCCAAUGAGCUGCAGGCCUUCGAUCAUCUCCAAAGACUCCUCCUCAGACCGUCCUGCCUUCAUGGACAAGGAUGGGGGAUUAGCGGACGAUGCCCAAACUUCACCAUUUAUGCCUUCUCCCAGCCUGAAGCUCCCGAUGGCUAGUGCUGCCCUCCCUAGCCAGAGUAUUGGGGUCACAAUGCAAAACUUGAACAGACAGAUGCAGAGUGGCAUGUUUGGCAGUAGUGGAACAGCACAAACCCGGGCCCUGCAGCAGCCUCCUCCUCAGCCAGCAGUGCCACCUCUCAACUCCUCCCAGCCUAGUCUACGUGCUCAAGUGCCUCAGUUUCUCUCCCCUCAGGUUCAAGCACAGCUCUUACAGUUUGCAGCAAAAAACAUUGGUCUCAACCCUGCACUUUUAACCUCACCAAUAAACCCUCAGCAUAUGACCUUGUUGAACCAACUCUACCAUCUGCAACUGGCAUACCAGCGUUUACAAAUUCAACAGCAGAUGUUGCAGGCACAGCGUAACGUUUCUGGCCCUAUCAGACAACAGGAGCAGCAAGUUGCACGUACAAUCAAUAACAUGCAGCAGCAGAUCCAGCAACACCAGCGGCAGCUGGCCCAGGUUCUGCUGGUAAAGCAGCAGCAGCAGCAGCAGCCUCCUCCCUCUCAUCCCAGCUUGCAUCCCAACACAGGCAAAUCAGCACUGGAAACGUUUUCAUCACACCAACAGGCAUCAGGCCUAACUGUCUCUGAUCUGCCGACCAAAGAGCCGCAGUCGUCUCCCAACACAUUCUCCUCUUACACUCUCUCUGGACUGAACCCCAACAUGAAUGUAAACUGCAUGGAGGUGGGAGGUCUGUCCAUGAAGGACUCUCCUCAGCCUCAGUCGCGCCUGUCACAGUGGACGCACCCCAACUCCAUGGAGAAUCUCUCUGGCAGCUCCUCACCUAUGGAACCUGGCCACAGCAAGCAUGGUGCCAUCUCUGCAGGUCCAAACCUUGGUGCUUCCGGUAAACCCACUAUGGACGACUCCUACAACCCGUAUAACCUGAUGCAGGGCACUGACUCUCCUGCCAGUUCACUGGUGACCCCAGACAGUUGGGGCCAGGGCAAGAAUAAUAGUGACAAGAUGUCCAAUGGGACCAACAUCAGCUGGCCACCAGAGUUCUGCCCAGGAGUGCCCUGGAAAGGACUACAGAAUAUUGAUCCUGAGACUGACCCCAAUGUGACCCCAGGAAGUGUUCCCAGUGGCCCCACCAUCAACACCAACAUUCAGGAUGUGAACCGCUACCUACUCAGAGACAGGAGUGGAGGCAAACUGCCAGACAUGAAAUCCACUUGGUCGCCAGGACCCAUCUCACACACGCAGGCCUCGCUGUCCCAUGAGCUGUGGAAGGUGCCGCAGGGACCAAGGAACACUACAGCCCCCACCCGUCCUCCACCUGGCCUGACCAAUACCAAGCCCUCCUCCACCUGGGGGGGCAACAGCCUAGGCUUGGUGCCGGGCUGGAGUGGUUCUUACUCUUCAGGUACCACAUGGAGCACAGACAGCUCCAACAGGACAAGCAGCUGGCUGGUUCUAAGGAACCUUACACCCCAGAUUGACGGCUCUACUCUGCGGACGCUGUGCAUGCAGCACGGCCCCUUAAUCACAUUCCACCUCAACUUGACGCAGGGCAACGCCGUGGUGCGCUACAGCUCCAAGGACGAGGCUGGCAAAGCCCAGAAGUCCCUACACAUGUGUGUGCUGGGCAACACCACCAUCCUAGCAGAAUUCGCUGGAGAGGAGGAGGUGAACCGCUUCUUUGCACAGGGUCAAUCCCUCACACCCACCACCAGCUGGCAGGCCAACCCGGGCACCAAUCAGACGCGGCUGGGGGGUGGAGCAUCUGCCAAUUCGCACCCUAUUGGCCACUGGAACACCGCCGGCCUGGGAGGAGGCGGAGCUGGCAGUGCAGCUAAGGCAGGCAACGAGCUGCUAUGGGGGGGCGUACAGCAGUACUCUAGCCUUUGGGGGCCGCCCAGUACAGAGGAGGGCCGAGUGGUAGGCAGCCCAACCCCUAUUAACACGCUGCUUCCAGGAGACCUGCUGAGCGGAGAGUCCAUGUGAGGGUGUCGACGCAGGAGAAUUAUGAAUAUUCAAAAAAUCAAAAUGAACAUAAAACAGUGAAACAAACAAAAAAAAAAAAACUUGAAGAAAUAUAAUUAAUUACGCAGGAGCAAAAACCAAGCAAAAUCAUGUGGUGAUAAUCAGCAUGUGUGGAACUGUGAACCAAGAGACAGGAGGCUGAAGAUACACUUGUAGAGGCUGCUGACCUUCUUCCUCUUCUCCUCCUUUUUUAUUUUGCAUCAUUUCAGUGGAUUUUUGUGUUCUUCCUUUUUUUUUUUCAUGUGAGGCUUUGGUUACAGUAUUUUCUAAGACUUUUGGAGAAGAGCAAGUGACUAAACUGAAAGGAAAUAGAACCUUUAAUUACAAACUUUCUCUUAAUAACUGAAAACUGUGUGAAACUGUAUUUUACUACAACUGAUCAGACAAGCUGCCAUUUUUAAACGUCCCCUGGCACAAGCCCCUCAUCACCCCAGAUACACCGUACGAGCCUUCCUCCCUACUCCCCCAAAGAAACGCAUCAUUCUGAUCAGCCCUUCCCUUUAGACUGUAUCCACUGCUUUUUGUUCAUCUGUUAGCCUGGCGGGUUCGUUUAACAGCACUAAACUAGCCUUAACUGCUUACCAGCCCCAUCUCCUACACACUCACUCUGGGCUUACAGAAGAGAUGGAUCAGAGAAUUGCACAUUUUUCCUCACUUUUUCGAGCCAGCAGAGAAGAAAAGUUCCAUGCUUGACUUAGCACAUAGGCCACAGCACACAUCUGCUUCUCCUUCAGACCUCAGUCAUCACCCUCGUCUGUCCGCAUCACUAUUAAAGUGGCAGACGUGCGGCUGGUGCUUACUCAUCUGCAGGACAGGCUGAGCAAAUAGUUGCCAGCACCUGUGUGUGUGUGUGUGUGUGUGUGUGUAUGUCUGUGUGCUGCAUUAACCACUGUCUUCAGAACUUUUUAACAAAACACUUGGAACACAACACACAGAACGGACACACCAAAACACGUUCAUUUCCUUCUCUUCUGCUCCAUGAAUGACCUCAGUUAUUUGUGACCCAGUGGGGGAAAAAAGAAAAAAAAUCAUGUUUGUCGGACGUGCAAUAUGCCACAGACUCUUCCGUCCAUCGUUAUACAGAGCUUAUGCUGGUGAAGUUUCCUUUUCAAAUUGGAGUUGGGGAGGGGGGGCAAACACACACACACACACACACACACACACACACACACACAGCUCACUCAUCCAACAAAUGCGGGGACAUAGAGGAAGACUUUCCCAUGGUGUGCGAGCCUGUAGUGAAGACGAUCACUAGCACUUCCUUAAAGACACAGAGUGACCAUAGCAGGAUGUGGGCUUCAAACCAAAUAAGUGUUUCUUGUAACCCAGUAGACAAGGUGCAUUUUAUGUUGUAUUUGGUACAAAAAGAACAGAACAAAGAGACUGCUUGGAAAAAAUUGGGUGGUUGAUCAUAGCACUUACCAAGAGCAUCAAGCUCCAACUUCAAUGCCAACAAAUCACACAUGGAAAGCUGGAACUGAAAAAAUGCAAAGAAAAAGCAAUCUACAUA